UAGUGCACAGCUGGUGAGCCCUUGGGGCUGAGGUUCUGCUGCUGGCAGAGAGAAGGGUGGGGUUGGCAUGGGGCAAUGUCUGAGGUACCAGAUGCACUGGGAGGAUUUGGAAGAAUACCAGGCCUUGACCUUCUUGACCAGGAAUGAAAUCCUGUGCAUCCACGACUCCUUCCUGAAGCUCUGUCCCCCCGGGAAGUACUACAAGGAGGCCACGCUGACCGUGGACCAAGUCAGCUCCCUGCCAGCCCUGAGGGUCAACCCUUUCAGAGACCGAAUCUGCAGAGUGUUCUCUCACAACAACGUGUUCUCCUUUGAGGAUGUGCUGGGCAUGGCAUCUGUGUUCAGUGAGCAGGCCUGCCCCAGCCUGAAGAUAGAGUAUGCCUUCCGCAUCUAUGAUGGCUUGGGAUCAAAGCCAUGUUGCUUUGCCGCAGUCUCUGCAUAUGGGAGCUGGGCCAGCAGGACACCUGGAAACACUGCGGGAGAUUUUAACGAGAAUGGCUUCAUUGACGAGGAGGAUUUGCAGAGGAUCAUCCUCCGGCUGCUCAACAGCGACGACAUGUCAGAGGACCUGCUGACCGACCUCACCAGCCAUGUCUUGAAUGAGUCGGAUCUGGACAACGACAAUAUGCUGUCUUUCUCAGAGUUUGAACACGCGAUGGCCAAAUCUCCAGAUUUCAUGAACUCCUUUCGGAUUCAUUUCUGGGGAUGUUGAUGUGAACACAAAUACCUGCUCUGGUGGCCUUGAAGGGGACCCCUGGAACUUGGAAUUCAACCCUCUGCAGGCACUAGAGGAAAUUUGACUAGAAGAAUGACUGUGUCCCCAUCCCUCCCUCACUUCUAGAAUAUUGUUUAUUCAAUAAAGCAAAAUUAAAGCCUU